AUGGAUCAGCCUGUGCAUAUAUUUUGGUUGUUUUCCCCUCUAUUUGCUGUGUCGUAUGGUGAAGUCCGGUAUGCGCUUCCAGAAGAGUUGCAGCGUGGACACGUAAUUGGAAACGUGGCUAAAGAUCUAGGGCUGAGAGUUAAGGACCUUCGUGCUCGUGGAGCCCAUGUUGUUUCAGAAGGCACCGUUCGACUCUUUGAAAUGGACAUUUUGUCGGGAAAUCUGAUGAUCAGCCAGCGCAUAGACCGAGAGGAGUUGUGCGCACAAACUUCUGCCUGCACCCUGCAUUAUCAGCUCUUACUCGAGGAUCCGCUUCAAGCACACAGUAUAGUUUUGGAUAUUGGAGAUGUAAAUGAUAACAGCCCCGUAUUUGCAACUGAGGAAAUAAAGUUAGAUAUACUCGAAUCUACCGACACUGGACGAAGGUUUCCUCUAGAGAGCGCCCAGGAUCCAGACUUGGGUACUAAUUCUGUGCGUAAUUACAAAUUGAUCCCCAAUGAUCAUUUUAUUCUGGAAUACAGUGGUCACAUAAAUGGCCUAAUUUACCCUGAACUAGUUUUGAAAAAAGCUUUAGAUUAUGAAGCGCAAAGAGAACACAUAAUCAAAAUCAGUGCCAUUGACGGGGGAAAUCCAGCAAAAUCUGGGACGGCUUCUAUCCUUAUCCGUGUUUUGGACGUAAAUGACAAUGUCCCAGUUUUCACCCAGCGUGUUUACAAAGUUUCAGUACCUGAAAAUUCACCCCUAGGUACUACAGUUAUCAGACUAAACGCAACGGAUGCAGAUGACGGUCUGUAUGGGACUAUCACCUACUCCUUCCGUCACAAAAUGGAGGAGUUAUUUGAAAUUAAUCAUGCGAACGGAGAGAUCCUUGUAGCUGGUGUUAUUGACUUUGAGGAGGCGAAUAACUACGAACUAGAUGUGCAGGCAAAAGAUGGGGGUGGUCAGACAUCACACUGCAAGCUCAUAAUCGAUGUCACUGAUAUAAAUGACAACAAACCUGCGGUCGAAAUAAAGUCAGCCUCCACUAAUGUACUGGAAGACUCCAAACCUGGAACUAUGGUUGCUCUUAUCAAUGUGUAUGACUUGGACACGGGGAGGAGUGGGCAUGUUACAUGUGCAAUAUCAGAAGAUGUUCCUUUUAAACUUGUAUCAGAUGUAAAACAUUACUUUAUGUUAGUAACUGAUAACAUUUUAGACAGAGAAAUUCAAGAAAAAUAUGUCAUUAAGAUUGUGGCUACUGAUGGAGGUACUCCUGCUCUCUCGAGCUUCCAAAUACUAACCAUUACGGUCAGUGAUAUGAAUGACAACUCACCGACUUUUACGCAGAAUGACUAUACUGCAAGUGUUUUAGAGAACGAGCCAGUUGGCACUUUUGUUAUAGCAGUAAAAGCGGAAGAUCCUGACGCUUCCUCAAAUUCCAAAAUACAAUAUCAAAUUACAAAGCACAAAGACACAGAGGAUGGGUCAUUCUUUACUAUCAAUUCAGAAACAGGGGAGCUCUUCACUUCGCGUCCCUUUGAUUAUGAAAACUCUGUGCACUACAAAAUUAUCGUAAUAGCUCAAGAUGGGGGUAAACCACCUCUUUCCUCUAGCUGUACAGUUAAUGUUUUUAUCCAAGAUCAAAACGACAACACACCUGUUGUGUUGUACCCCGUUCAGGGCCGUGGGUUUAAUGCUGAAGAACUGGUUCCUGUUGACGCGCCCAAAGGUUACCUCGUUACUAAGGUGGUGGCAGUUGAUGGCGACUCGGGUCACAAUGCUUGGCUUUCUUACAGAAUCAUCACUGCAACUGAGCCUCAUUUGUUUUAUGUUGGCCAGACAACAGGCGAAAUUAGAACUGCUCGAGUAUUUAUGGAAAGCGAUGAACCGAAGCAUAGUUUGGUCAUUUUAGUGAGCGAUAACGGACCUUUGUCUCUCUCUGCUACGUGCACAGUCAACAUUAUAAUUACAUCUGGGUUACCAGUAUUAAAUGAAUUAUUUGAGUUUGAGGAAGAAUCUCAAGACAGCCAUAACUUAACGUUUCAUUUAAUCGUAGCGCUUUCGGUUAUUUCCUGUCUUUUUAUACUUUUUAUUGGUGGGUUUUUUUAUGCUAAACUUUAUAGGCCUCGUUCCAUUUACCGUUCAAAUAGCGCCACUCUGCCUGUUUUUCCUGCUACCUAUUGCCCGCCUUCUUUUACAGAACUGAGUCGUUGCGGGACUCUCUUUAAUGAUGAACGUUUUGAUUCAUUUUUGACCACUGGCUCCUGGAGAGGGGACUUUCGAUUCAGCUCAAACACAGACACAGACACGCUGAAGAAACGAAGUGCAGCUUAUCUGAAAAGCACGCUAGGGCGCACGAGUGCAGAGCAGUUUGCAGGUGUCAGUGCAGGUGUACAGCAUCCAUUCUACGUGGUUACGUAA